CCAAUACAUACUUUGACAGAACAAAGUUCACCAGCUUGCACCCUCGAAAGUUUCGUUAACCCAGCUGUGAUUUGCACGGUGUCAACCAGCAGUUAAUUCCUCUGUCACCUUUCACUCACCAUUCUUAAACACCUCUCUUCUCACUCAUCUCCCCAUUAACUCUCCGAUUUUGUUCUAGCUAACAUCUCUAUAAUUUCUUCUUUAUUUUCAUCCCAAAAUCACUCACUACACCACCACCUUGAUGAAGCAAGCCACUGUUGAAGUUGAUGGUGGCCAAGAGCCUGCUUCAUCAUCUUCUGCUGUACAAGGCUUGAAAAUUUACCCACCCAAAGAGUCUAGUUAUGAUGACUAUGAAGGAAUAGGAGAGAAACCAUCAAGGUUUGAGGUUUGGGGAUGGUAUCUCUAUGAGUUUUGCUCCUACUUUGUUCAGACUGUUAUCAUCCCUGUUCUGUUUCCUCUCAUAAUCAGUCAGCUACAGCAGCUUCAUAUAGACCCAGUUCAGGAGUGGCACAUCAACCACCCUGGCAUGACUUGUGGAGAAAAGCAAAUUCAACUACACAGCACACUCACAAAACGUACCAUAUCAGUGAGUGGUUCACACUUCUCCUCCCUGGAAUGGACCUCAAUCGGAUGGGCUACUGGUCUAGUCCUUGCCAUUCCAUCCCUCACCUUCAUCUCCUUCCACCUCGACGGGAUCCUCCAAAACCUCAUCACCGCCGCAGCCACCGGUGUCGGAGCAUUCUUCUGCCUCCCAGCAGGCUUCUUCAAAACCACCAAGAUCUUCAUCCCCUACAUCGCCGCCAUAGUCCUCGCCAGCACAGUCGCCACCGCUUCCCACACGCGCCACCUCGGCCUCAUGAUCCGCGCCCAACUAUCAGGGCCAAUCAACAGAACUCAAUUCAUCAAAAGACAAGGUGUCUCUAGCAAGCACUCUCUUCAUGCCACUGCUGCUGGUACUUUAGGUGCAGCCAUUGUUUCAUCCUUCAUUUACCACAUGCUUAGAGAGCCCCCUGAUCGUGAUUUCAUCAGUCUCUGGAUUGUUUCAAUCUUCAGUGGUUUGAUUUGGCUAGUGGGGGUGUUACAUGCUGUCACUUCUCCAAACAGAGGAUCCCCUGUUUUCAACUCUGUUUCAUCAACUUUCCACCCUUGCUCUGUUUUCAAACACCCUCAUGCAGUUGGAGGGCUAAUUGGAGUUUUCAUCUCAUCCUUUGCCACAAUGUGCAUUUUCACAGGAGGAGUUCUCUUUGUAGUAGGUCCUCUAUGUGUGAAGUCAGUGCAUUUGCUUUUUUUCUGGUUGGUUUAUUUCCUUUUUCCACUGUUUUCCAUGCCACUCUUGCAACCCUUUCAGCAGCUGAUUAAGGCAGAUUCUGUGAAGAUGAAUCUCAUGGGGUUCCUUCUAUCACUCUUGUCUUCUGGAUUUGGAUUCUACUUCUGGAACAGUCACUGGAAAUGGGGUCACAUUAUGAUGUUUGGUGCAAUUCAGAGCACUGGAACAGGGCUUUUGCAUGCAUUUGGAAGGGUUUUGGUGCUUGAAUGUGCUCCACAUGGGAAGGAAGGUGCUUUCUCUGUUUGGUAUGCUUGGAUGAGAGCUGCUGGGUUGUGUGUCGGGUUCACGGUUGCUGCGGUGGUUCCGGGACAUAUCAGAACUUCUUUUGGAGCUGCAUUUUGUGCUGCAAUUGUUGGGUGUGUUGUUCUUCUUUUUGGAAAUGUGAGUGGUGUUGAGGGUGCUGUUGCUGCAGGGCAUGUCAUGGGGGAUAAUGAGAGAGGCACCAAUGGCCUUGGCUUAGAUUCCAAAGAAUCUGUCAGUGUUUGUUUGAAAGAUGAAACUCUUGAAUUAAAUAAGUAAAUCAAUGUUGCAUACUAUGUAUUCUAUGCCUUUUUCAUUCUUUGUAAAUGAUGUUUAUGAUGAUUCUUUCCAAGACUAAACUCUAAUAUACAUAUAAUGGAAAGACUUUAAGAAGCAGACUAGUAUAAUAGGCAUUGUUCCCUUUCCCAUCCAAAUCAUACUGGCAUUGCAGUAAGUCUAGGUGAUUCCACCUUCUGUUA